GACAUCCAGGACCAGAUGAUACCAUGAAGAGAAGUUUACAGGUCCUGUAUUGCCAACUGCUUAGUGUUCUACUGAUCUUGGCACUGACAGAAGAGCUAUUAUUUGCUGUUCAGGGACUGUCUCCCAGCUUAGCAUCAUCUCAAGACCUCCUGACAAACAAUAUCAGCACCUCAGCUAUGGGGAUGACUCCUCAGAAGAGAGGCCAUCACACGACUGAGCCCUCACCCACAGCUGCUUCUGCAAGCUUCCAUUCUACUAGCUCAGUGGAGACCACCGUUUCUUCCAUUGGCCAGAAGAAGUCAACCAGCAGCCCUGCUGGCAACAAGGAACCGUAUCACUUAUACAACCAGAGCUCUCUGUCUUCUGGAAAGACUCAGCCUAAGGGGAAAAUAUUUCAGAUUGUCAAAGGCAGCGUCACAGAAUUUACAGAGCCUUACCUAAAGACAGGACUAUAUUCUCCUCCCCCUAACACAAGGAGCCAGUCUCCAAAUCAGCCAUUUCAGACUCCUCCUACAACUCACAGAAGCAGAAGUAGCUCUGUGCUGGUAACUACAACAGACUCAAAUGCUUCUUUCUACAGUGAUUUCUUGGAAGGCCUUAACAAAGCAGAGAAGGGGGAUUCAACAGAAACGGUUGUGCAGGAGACAGAUCUCACGACACCGGCAACUGGCCCUUCAACAACUCCCGAAAUGGUGACGGUGCCUUUUAAACCCCCGCGUUAUGGCAUAUGGGAUAUUUUAGGCAAAAAUAACUCUUGGGUAAUCUCAAACCAGACUAUAAGCCAGGUACCCUUUUUUACCAGCCCUGGGACUGCUGGUGGUGCAGCAGUAGCAUCAGCAUCCAGUCAUGCUGGUCCAACGGGCGUUGAUGCUAACGUUUCAUUGCGUACAACGGGAAGUCCUAAUGGAACAUCCAUGACAAUGCUCCCCUCUUGGGAUAAUACCAGCUUCCCAAGCAGUGCACUCUCCACAGAGCCCUCCACGUGGCUGCCAACGUCCACUUCGACAGCAACGGGAAAUUUCCUAAACAGACUGGUACCUGCUGGGACUUGGAAACCUGGCAUGCCAGGAAACAUUUCUCAUGUCACAGAAGGGGACAAGCCCCAACACAGGGCAACAAUUUGUCUCAGCAAAGUGGAUAUAGCAUGGAUCAUUUUGGCCAUCAGUGUCCCCAUAUCGUCGUGCUCUGUCCUGCUAACAGUCUGUUGCAUGAGGAGGAGGAAGAAGACGUCUAACCCAGAAACUAACCUGAGCUACUGGAACAAUGCUAUCACCAUGGACUACUUCAACAGGCAUGCAGUAGAGUUGCCAAGAGAGAUCCAGUCCCUUGAAACGUCAGAGGACCACCUGUCUGAGCCACGCUCCCCAGCCAAUGGCGAUUACAGAGACACCGGCAUGGUCCUUGUUAACCCCUUCUGUCAAGAAACACUAUUUGUAGGACAUGAGCAAGUGUCUGAAAUAUGACACCGUCCUUGUACUAGCA